GGGCCCCGAACCGGCCAUGGCUCGGGCGCAGUCGCAGCAGUUGCCGCAGCGUCCUCCUGCGGAGCCCCGCGCGCAGACGAGCGACGGGGCGCGGGAGAGGAGUCCGUCGCCGCACACCGAGUGGCAGGGUCGGAUUCUAGAUGAGCUGGCUGUGAACUCUCGACGUGGCGGAGGAUUGCCCGUGCCGCACUACAAGCGUGAGUUGGAACCCUUCAGUAGCCACACCUUUGAUGCGUCCAGCACGGAUUGCAGUGAUGGAAAAGCUCCACAGGAGGACUCCAUGGCAUUGGAAUCCAAGAAAUCCAAUGCCCGGGAAGCACCGAGUUCACUUGGAACUUGGCUUCCCGAUGUCUCAGAGGUGAUCUCUCGUUUGAGAGCUGGUGCUGAAGGUUUCUCCAGCACAGAAAUGGAGCGAAUCCAAAGUGCAUUCCAACGCUUCAAGGACCCGGACAAUCCGGAGAUUCACAAAGAUGAACUUCCAAAGGUCUUGAUGCACUUGGGAUACACGCAGAUCAGUGAGGAUCAUGUCAAAGAAUUGGCUGACAGCAUUACCAAAUUUCCCAACUUGGAGAAGGGCGAAUUCAUCUACUUCAUGGAGAAGCACGUGGAGUACGAGUUUGAUGCAUUCAAAGAAAUCUUUGAGAGGUUUGAUGAGGAUGGCAAUGGCACCUUAGACGCGGACGAGUUGUGCGUCUUUUUGUCAUCCUUGGGUUUCACCCCACUGCGCAGCAUCAUCCGCGAAUCCCUCGAUCUGGUGGAUCUGGAUGGAAACGGCGUUCUGGACUUUGAAGAAACGGUGAUCUUGAUGCAUGUUUACAGGCAUUCGGAGGGCUUUACCAUCGACGAACUGCAGGAGUUGACCACGGUCUUCAUGGAGCAGCAAUCAGCUGCUCAGACGAAUGCAAAGUCAACUGAUGAGAGGCUUCUUCCUGCAGACCGCCUGUACCAUUUGCUGCUUCAGUUCUUUGGGCCUCGAGCUGCGGACUUCUCUCAAGACCUGCAGCAGGAACUGAGCAGCGCGGGCCGGCGGCGUAGUGUCAUGGCGGCGCAAGGUGCUGCAGCGCAAGUUGCCAGCGGCCCCGCAGCACUCACGUUUCAGGAGGCCGUGCUUUGGGCCAGGCGCUUCCGAGAGAAGAUGUUUAUGAACUACCGAGAAGUCUUCAACAAGUACGACGACGACAACUCGAACAGCAUCGACAUGUGUGAAGUCAGAAACGUCAUCAAAGAUCUGGGCUUUACGAUCCCGCAGAAGACCGUGGACGAGUUGGUAUACGAGGCCCGUGUCCGCGGGGAUAUCGUGAAUCGAACGGAGGAUACAAACCUGGAUUAUGAUAGUUUUGUUCACUUCAUGCAAAUCUUGAACGAGAACGACGGCUUCAAUGCAGAGGAGAUUACGCGCAUCCAGAAGACUUUUCAUAAGUUUGACCUGGACGGCAGUGGAGAUAUCAGUUCCAUCGAACUCGCCGACAUGUUGAGGGAACUGGGUCAAUGUUCCAGGAUGGAAGAGGUUCGCAGCUUGUUGUCCGCCGUAGACAUCAAUGGAAAUGGUGUGCUCGACAUGCGGGAGUUUAUUCGCUUCAUGCGGCUCUUCAGAGAGAAGCAGCUGGCGCGCGUGAAGAUGGUCUUCACCAAACAAGCAGAUCCCCAGAUGGAUCCAGCGGUGAUUCCAGCUGCACAGGUGGAGGAAGCAGUCCAUGCCGUCCUAUCAGAAGAAGCAGUGGAGAUCGCCUUGGCGGAUGGUCAAAGCAUUGCCAAAGAGCCCUUGGAGUUCGAAGACUUCGUCCGAAUUACCGAUGAGCUCCGAGAGUAUUGCGUGUUGACCUCCAAGAAAUUUGCUGGUUACAGCCAAAUGGAGGUGGACGGCCUGCGGCAGGUCUUCGACGGCUUCGACCUGAAGAAAACGGGUCUGCUGCGACAGACCGAGGCCACGGAACUGCUGAAGAGCUUGGGCAUCGAAGUGCGCAGCGUGGAGGAACGCUUGCUGCUUUCAGACCAGAUCGCCCGAGCCUGCGAUGCAGCGCGGGAAGCUGGUGCGCAGGAGGUGGUGGAUCAACACGUGAAUUUCUGGGUAUUCCUUCAACUCUUCCGUUCCAUGCGACGGAAACAGGACGAAGAGAACGAACGGCGCCUGAUGACGGUGUCCGAGGAGGCCAAGUUCAGCUCGCAGGAAGUGAGCCAGUUCCAGGAGGUCUUUGACCAUGCCUUCGUCUCCUUCGUGGGAGACCAAGUCACCAGCAGCGAUCAGAAGUUGAUUCCCAGGACUGGUAUUUACAAGCUCCUGAGAAGUAUGGGCCUGCGGGUCGAAGGACGAGAUCGACAAGCCUUAGAUGAGGAGAUCACCAAUCUGAACAAAGAUGGGCUGGAUUUUCCCAACUUCCUCUUGCUUAUGAGAUGGAUGGUUGAUGUGGACUUCGGUCAGAUCUCUUCUAGAAACCUCUGACACCGGGGUUGCCUCGUUAGAUCGGAAAGCAGCCACGGAAAGCGUGACCACCGGGUUAGAACUUGGGGGUUAAGCAUGGUUAAGC